CUGUUUCCAAACACUCUCCGCUGUCACAGAGCUCAGUCUGAGGAGGAAUCUCACUAUUAUGUGUCCACAUGUUGCUCCAGUGAUCCUUCACUCAACAAGGUUAUUUUGUAGUUGGACAACAGGAGUGUGUGCUGCAUGUAGUGGAGUUAUGGUGCUGACGGACCGAUGCAAAGAGGAGAGAGUGAUGAGUUCCUGCUGCAUGAAGUCAGGCUGUUCCUUGAAAAUGUGAUCUGAUGAUCUGCAACUUGUGACAUCCAGCAGAAUAUCAUGGACAAACCACUUUCUGCCUCAGCCUGAUGACAUCACUGAUACUGAGACAAAGGAUCUCUCAUCAAAACUGUUUGGAAUUUAUUAACUUAAUCGUACUUAAAGUCUGCUUCUUCAUUCGCAAUAUUUUGGAUAUCAAGCAGAGGGGAACUAUUUGGGAUUUCUGUGCAACAAGAAACAUACAUAUAAAACAUUUAGAAUAUCUCAAGUUUGUUGCUGCUGUCUCACCAGGCAGAACAUGAGUGUGUGACCAGUGUGUGUGUGUGUGUGUGUGUGUGUGUGCAGAGAUGACCUGAAUCACUGCUUUUCACACCUGGAAACAAAACAAAAUGAAGGGCGGGAAGGCAGAUUCAAAUAAAUCAAGUUUAUACGAGGACAAAAACACGGGACAAGACAAAAGGCGGAUAAAACGAAGAAAGAUGACGCCAGCACAGAAUCAGAGUUUAUCAGCUGUGCACUCAGAAGCUGAAACAAACUGGGAGCAUGGUUUGGAGCGUGGAGCAGAGCAGCUGGCCCAGUGGUACAAGUGGGACUGGGCCUCAGAGCAGGUCCCUGCUGUACUGAGUCCCACCUAUAAGCAGCGCAAUGAGGACUUCAGGAAGCUUUUCAAGCAGCUGCCCGACACUGAGCGCCUCAUUGUGGAUUAUUCCUGUGCCCUGCAGCGGGACAUCCUCCUGCAGGGACGCCUCUACCUCUCAGAGAACUGGAUUUGUUUCUACAGCAACAUCUUCCGAUGGGAAACCUUGCUGAUGGUACGACUGAAGGACAUCUGCUCUAUGACCAAGGAGAAGACGGCCCGCCUCAUCCCCAACGCCAUCCAGCUUUGCACUGACAAUGAAAAGCACUUUUUCACCUCAUUUGGGGCGAGGGACCGGACAUACAUGAUGAUGUUCAGACUGUGGCAGAAUGCCCUCCUAGAGAAGCCUUUAUGUCCAAAAGAGCUGUGGCACUUUGUCCAUCAGUGUUACGGUAAUGAACUUGGCCUGACCAGUGAUGAUGAGGAUUACGUCCCUCCUGAUGAGGACUUCAACACCAUGGGGUACUGUGAAGAGCUGCCCGUGGAGGAAACCAAUGAGCAGGGCAACGACACCAGCAACGCCCUUGCCAAGAACACUGAGGCCAAACCUGAUGUCAGCCCCAUCCUGCCCCACAAAGCCUUCCCCAACAACGCUACGCCAGAGCUGCCCAGCACUGACUCUUCAGUUCCUCAGUAUGACCUGGCGCCUGUGGAGGACGUAUCCAGCCCUCUCCCAGACACAGACCUCUUGACCCUCCCCAUGCUUGAGAACCGCAGCAGCCAGCAGAUCAGCCCACACAGCACCCACGUCCCUUCACCGUCACCGGACCUCAACGACAACGAGGACCUGCCCACUGAGCUCAGUGACUCAUCUGAGACGCAUGACGAAGGUGAGGUGCAGGCUUUCCACGAGGACCUGAGUGGCAGGCAAUACGUCAAUGAGGUGUACAAGAUUGGUGUGGACAAGAUGUAUGACUUACUUUUCACUGAGUCUGAGUUUAUGAGGGACUUUCGGGAGCAGAGGAGAUUCUCAGAUGUGGUGUAUCACCCCUGGAGGAAAGAGCAGGAUGGUAACCAGACAAGAGAGAUCAUGUACACCCUCGCUCUGAAUAAUCCUCUGGCUCCCAAAACAGCCACAGUCACUGAGACACAGACUCUGUACAAGGCCAGCCAGGACAAUGAGUGCUACAUUAUCGACGCAGAGGUGAUCGCCCAUGACGUGCCCUACCACGACUACUUCUACACUCUCAAUCGCUACAUGCUCACCAGAGUAGCCAAGAACAAGUGUCGACUUAGGGUGUCGACAGAGCUUCGUUACAGGAAGCAGCCAUGGGGGCUUGUGAAGGGCUUUAUUGAGAGGAACUUCUGGAGCGGCCUAGAUGAGUACUUCAGGCACUUGGAAUUGGAGCUGAAUAAGCUGGAUGUGCUGUUAGCGGAUCCUCACAGACAGUCGCCCAAGAACAAGGCUCUGAGGACGGGCACUAGCCGGAGGAGGAAACGAACACUUGUCCAUCACCUGAGAACGCCGGGGAAUAUGGACGCGGCCUUGAGCCCUGUCACCACGCCUGAGGAUGAGGAGGGCAUCCACCACAUCAAACAUGUGGCAGGUUCCACACAGACCAGACACAUACCUGAUGCUCCAGGAGGCCUCACAUUCUACAACUUCUCCAGACUGCUGCUUCUCAUCAGCCUUGUCCUGAUACUGGUGGUGGUUCUAAACGUAAUGUUGUUCUACAAGCUGUGGAUGCUGGAGUACACGACACAGAGUCUCACUGCAUCGCAGGAAAUGAGACCAGACGAAAGACCACCUCAGACCCAGCUGGAAUGGGUGCAGCUCAUGGACUCCCAGCAGCGUUACCAUGACAACGAGCUCCAGAAGUGGAGAGACAUAAUCAAAUCAUCAGUGCUGCUGCUUGAUAAGCUAAGAGACUCCCUUCUCAAUCUCCAUAAAAGCAUUGGCCUCAGGGACUACAACUCCGAGUCGGACAAAAGGAGAAACCAGUAUCACUGAUCGAUAAUAUCAAGGCAUGUGGACAUGAUGUGCAAUAUUCAGCCUACCUUUUCUGAGCCCGUGGAGAGAGCGUGGCCUUUUAAAGGCAGUGCUUGGAGUUCAGUCAGAGAGCUUUUUCAACAAUUCAAGUGACCUCAUCAGCCUGCAGUAGAUGAGAGCGCACUAACACACCACAAUGUGUCCUGCUGAGAGACUAAAUCAUUGGCAGGCCUCGUCUGUAGCUUUACUUCUGUCUUGUUCAUCCACAUUCUCCACCUGAAGCUGUAUCACUUUCUUUUUUCUUCUUCUUGUCACAUACAGACAAAGAUUAGACUGAUCCAAAGCAUGCAACUUUUUCUGGCUUCUGAUAUUUUGCCAAGUGAAAAUCCAUAUUGGAAUUAAAUAUGCAUUCACUUUCAGAGGUGCAAAAAUACAUACAAAUUUUUCUUCCCCUUCGAGGAACUCCGACAGCUGCUGUAUCUCUUCGUUUUUUUACCUUUGAAACUGGGAAACACGAUAAGAGACUGUAAUAAAUCCACAGCCUGCAGUAUUUCAACCUAUUUUUUUGCUCAGCAGAACUAUGAAGAAUCGAGAUGUAACGGCAUACAUGUGCAUGUGUGAUUGGGUGAGUGCAUAUGUGUGCAUGUGUGUAUGUGUGGGAUUUUUAAGACGUAUAUGGUAGUCAGGGCUAUUUUUACCAGGCAUAUCAGGCAGAUCAGGGCUGGUUUCCCUGAGAGCUUAUGCCAUACUUUUGUGAUUCUAUGUUUAUGUUUUCUAUGGCAUAAAUAUUCUGAACUCUGGCUGGGGCAUCGCUCUGCAGUUCUGAGUUAGUGACAUGUUGAAGAGGAGGGUUUGAUUUGCAAGCAGAGAGAAUGUAUGGAAAGAAAGCAGGAAUGCGUAGCUGAAGGUGGCACAACUCCAAGUUUCCUAACGUGUUGCCAAGGUAAUAAAGAAAUGUUUUGUUCACAGCCAACCAUCAGUGUCAUUCCAGUGUUUUAAUGAUUUACUCUGACACGUCUCCGCUGCUCCAUCACUGCCAAGGCUCACAUGUCAACGUUAUUAUCCUGUUACCCUGUUUAAGCCAUUUCAUUGCAUUGCAUUGAUUCAUGUGUGAUUGUCAUGUAAAAGUAAAAAUGUACUGUGGGCGCACAGUCCCGCCAUGAAGUAGGAUCAAUGUGAGUUGCAGUGAAAUUCAAUAUGUGCUAUGUUUCUGCACUGCAGGUAUGUUCUGCAGAUAUCAAUCAUGUUUUGGUGAUUUUACAAACAUUUCUCAGGAGCAGAGCUGAUCUGCAUCAGAUAUAAGCUGACUGGUUUGAGUUGGGGGUCAGCAGGCAGAGACACAGAGCCACGGUUCAUUAGUAUACGGCUUAGGGCUCAUUUAUACUCCCUUUAUGCAUGAAAAUAGAUAUGUCCAUUUCGAGCAUUGCAAACGUCACUGUCCUCAUACUUCCAUGCAUCCUUUAUGAUGGAUGGCAGCUGUUGGAUGGCACUAGAUGGCAGAGUUGAGCAAUUCACACAACAAAUCAGGGGACAGUGGCGGAGGUCGUAAUACUGUACCUUUAAAAAGAGGCAGUGUUAGAUAUGGUUGGUGGUCUGUGAGGCCAUUAAAUACAUCCCAACAUGUGGAUGAAGAGUUCUUUUCACCAGGGCUGCCCCCAACUAAGAAUUUUCCUAGUCGACUAAUAGUUGUCAUUUAGGGCCGUUAGUCGACUAGUUGCCUGAGUGUUUAUGAUAUUAAUUCAGGUCUGAGAAAGAAUAGUAUCAGUACCAUUGUUAACACUUUUGAUUUAUUUUGAAAAGGUGCAGCUCCUAAAAGAGUUUCCCUUUUAUAUAUAUAUAUAUUACUAUAUUAGCCAUUCAUUCUGUUCUGCCAUUAUUUAAAUUUCGUCGUCAUCUCCUACAGUCGUAUCUUGCUUGAAGUAUGCUACACUGCCUCCUUGUUUACAGGUGGUACUGCUCUGUUUCAUCUGUACCCGUAAACUUUCAGAAAACGUGCACAAAUAUGGACAAAAAGAAUGCAGGGUUUGGACAGAAGGCUGUGUCCAUCUCCAUACCUAAUGUUGAGCAUUAAUGAGCCCUUGCAAUAGCUAACAGGCAGCCUCAAGGGCAAACAAGAAAUCAUUCACUUUAAAAUUGUGCCAGUGGAUGAUGGUAAAAGGGUCUGAUAAAGCACCACCCACAGGUUUCCGACCACUCUAAAACUGCACAAAUUAUUACAGUCUGAUGAGGGUCACUGAUGGACCCACACAGAUUAAUCACCAAAUUUUUAUGCUCUUUUAGUUUAUUGUUUUGGUUGUACUGUCGCAAACUCUACCUGCAUCAAUUCAGAUUUUAGUGGGUGCAGCAAUUGGUGGAAUCCAAACCAGGAGUCCAUUCCUGAAAUUUGCUUUGGUAUAGCCUGGGUCCAGACCUUAGAAUCUGCCGACUCCAACAAGUUCACUGAUUCAUCUGGAAUUGUGACAAGAAACAAGUUUCUUUAUUGAAAUGAAAAGAAAUCAAUAAGCACUGUACAAAAGACCCAGCUCUGUCUCUGCUUUCUGCUGUGUCUUGGCCACACCCAGCCUCAUGUGCAGCACUGACACACCCCUGCACUCAAUUACAGACACACAGGUUGGUCACACAAAGCAAGUCCACAAAGCCUUGUCUCUCCCACUCAUUGAGUACAUUUCCUGAUUAGAUUGCAAAAAGAACCAAACCAUGCAAACCAAAAAAAGAGGAUAAUAUAAAGUAAGUAUCCCCCACUUUAGCAUAGAAAAAAACGAAAUCUGGCCUGUUAUGGACUACUGGACUAUGAUAAAUAAAACUGAAUAGCAUUAGCUUUACAAAACUCCAACUUAUUUCAUCAAGAUAUAUGCUUCAUCAGAUAAGCUCUGUCCUCUCUAACUCCUUGACUUCAGUUUCAUUUAGAUGUCAAGGAAUAUUUGGCUCUAUCUACUGAGGUUUACCUCUCGCCAGCGGUUUCUGCCUCAGAGGAAUGUUUGUCUAAUGAAACACCACACUGUUUAUCCAGUGCUGAUACUAUUUUCCAGAAAAUGUGUCCAUGUCCCAGUAGGAGGACUUGGUCUCUGUCAGUGUGUGCAGAAAUGUAAUCAGUCAAUGCCAGUGAAGCAGCUAUAAGAAUGUGUCUGUUGAUACUUUCAUGAGUAUAUUUAUAUGUCAAACCCUUGACGAAACUGUUUGGGAUCAGUGUGUCAUAUGUCUUGCAGAAACUCUGCGUUGCCAUGUUUGCCUUUUCUUUUCUUUUUUUCUUUUACUGACACUUGUCCAACCUUUGAAAAUGUUUUCUAAUUUCAGGAUGAACGUCAAACUAUUUAAAUGUGUGAAAAAUGUUGAAAUUUUAAAGAAGGGAUAUGAAAACGUUGUCUUUUUGGUCUCACAAGGUUUCUAUGCUACACUGUUGCAUGCAGAAUAUGUUUUACAGUUGAUUUUUAAUCCUCGAAAAUGUCCUGUUUCAUGAAAGACUACCCAGGAAAGCAUUGUUGAGUUUUGUGUAUUAAGCAAAAUCCUUGCAGUGUGAGAAAUGUAGGUGAGCUGAGUGUCUAAUAUACUGUAAAUUGCUGCAAAAAGAAAAAAAGGCAGAGAUUUAUUUUUAUGUGUAUGGUGUAAGAGAGAAGAAGGCAUAUAAAGCUAUUACAGAAAUGUGAAAAGGUUUCACUGUUAUUGACUGUGCACAGAAAUAAUACAUUAUUAGGUGCAAUGCAAAAUGAAUUUGGCUUUGUAUAUUAUUGAAGUGAUCAACAGAGAAAAAUUCUAUUAUUGACGUGUUUUAUAGGAUUCACAAAUGUAAAUAAGGCUUUGUAAAGUGGAAAAAAAUGUGCAUGUGUAUCUGAAUAUUUGUGCUGUGAGAACAAAUCCAUACCACAAAUGAUAAAGACAAUCUUACUUGCACAGCAGCCAUGACAUUAAUUGUAAUAAUUGCCCAUAGAAAACUAUGAUGUGAUUGGUGGUUACCGAAAAAAUGAUCUCAUACGUCAACUGUGCAAGCAGCGUAGUACAACCCAUACUUACAUUUAUUGUAAGGUGGUGCCCUCUAUUGGCCGUGGUAAUAAUGACUCCAGCAGAAGGGGAAAUAACGUGGCACAUAAUGCGAUUUAGUCUGCGUAAUGUUCUACAAAUAUCAAAGAAGCCCCUACAGGAUGGGUGGGAGAGGUGGUGGAUGGGUCAGGACUUUCACCCAGGAGACUGGUGUUCGUGUCCCAAAGUCAACAUUGACUUCUUUUAAUAACAAAGUAGCCUAGUGUAUAUUUUUUUCAGCCUAGUAUGCUAGUAUGUGUAACACGCCAUGCUAGUGACAUAAGUUACAUAUCGUUUGUGAAAUAUGCGACCAAAGUACUAAUUUAAUGCAAAACUUGCAUCUGUCUUCCUGAACCUAACCACACAGUUUUGCUGCCUAACCCUAACCAAGUAGUUUUGGGGCAGAACUGCGACCGUCUCAUGACGAUUCACUACGACAAACUGUGGCCCUUAGACCGGUAAAGUUUGUCAUUUUGAGGCUGGUCAUAAAAGUGGUUUUGGAAGUCAGUGGAAAUUGACCUAUUCUGUUAUUUAGGCAUGAGAGAGUGUACAUUUUUUCACCCCUUUCCACAGAAACAUACUGUAUUGCAAAAAAAAUCAGUGUGUCCAUGUGGGUUUCUGUCUCAAGGGUGGGACUAUUGAUGUAGCUACCGUGACCUCACCCAUUGGUUUGUGGACCCUGUUUCAAAGCCUUGAGUUUGGCACUUCGGCCUUUGCCAUCUUGGUAUUUUUGAGCCAAAGGUGAUCAUAUCUGGGCAUGAAGGAGUGUGGGGUGGAUCUGACUGAGAAGCCAAGCACAUGAUCAGGAGACAGCCUGUCACUCAAAGCAGACACACCCUUAAUCAUACGUAACUUGAAGCCUCCCCCUCUACAAUAGUCAUGAAUUUUGAAAGAAGUUAGAGAGACCAAAACUGUCUUUUGUACCAGGAUGUAAACAUGUUUAUUUCUGCUGUAAAGUUGGACAUUUUAACAUGGGGGUUCUGUGGGGAUUGACUGGCUUCUGGAGCCAGCUUCAAGUGGCCAUUAAAGGAACUGCAUCUUUUGGCAGUUUCGUUUUGGCUUCAUUUUUCAGCCCUGAAGGUUGCCGCUUGGGUGGGACUAUCAAAUACGUAAAUCAUAAAAAGAGAUCAUUUCUUACUCUAGCUGUGUGAAAUUUUGCUCAAAAAUGCACAAAUGUGAAUUCAAUAUUCAGAUACACGUGCAAAAUGUUCCUCCACAACCUUAUUUACUUUGCGAGUCUUAUAAAACACAUGAUAAUUGCCCUAUUUUCUCUCAAUAGGUUUCUACACUGCAACCUUGAAGCUGCUGUCCAAAUCAGAGGGUGAGGUGCUACAAUGAUCUAAUAAUCUAAUUUACUCAAAAGCCAUUUUUAAAACAGUUCAAAUGCAGAUGUUGAGUUGAUGUAAUUUGUCCUCGUUAAUGGAAUCUCUUGUAUAAUACCACUGAAGUCAUGCGGCUCCUCUACUGUAUAUGAAAUGCAUGGCUAUCCUAUUAAUGCUAGCAAUUAGUAUCAUGUCAAACUUUCAUGCAUCUACAAUAGAGGUUUUAUUUCAGCAUGAGUGUGAAAACAUUAUAGAUGCCCCUAAACUGUAGAUCCUGAAGGUCAAUUAAAUGUAGUCAGACUUUAAGCACCAAGUGUCAGUCACAGUGUGGCCCAUGUGUGAAAAGUGACAAGUGUAUGUAAACAUAAGCUGGUGUCAAAAUGAAACCGUUGCUUAUAAAAGGUUGACUGAAACUGUCAUUGAUUGGUUGAAGGUAACAAGAUGUGUUGGUUUUACUUAAAGUCAGUUUCCAUGACAAUCCCCGAAAUGUACCCUCAGGUUCAACUCCGAACACUCAGUCCAUAAAGACACACACACCUGCAGUAUUUCUUCCAUCUUGCCUUCAUCCAGCUCACUUGGUGGCGUAGCGUCGUAUUCUCCUAUGUGUGCUUACAGUCCCUGACCUGUCUUUGAAAACCCAUUUUGAUCUGCAUAUGUGAAUCCAAACUGAUUUAUACAGAUAUGAUAAUGUAAUGUAUAUUGUUAUGUAGAGUUAUAGUUCAUAUUAUAAGGGCUCAAACUACGCUGGCAGUGGAUUUGAGGAAGAAAAAAGUGCUUAUAUGAGAAUUUUAUUUGUAAGCGGCCUGUGA